GCACUCAGCAGAAGCAAUAAGGACCAGUAGGAGCAGCAGCUACAACCCAUACUAUGGCAAAUGAAGUAAAAGUCAUCCUCCUGCCUCUGAAAGGGGGCCAUCCUCCUGCAGUCAAAGCAGGAGGAAUGCGAGUUUCCAAAAAACAAGAAAAUGCAGUUGUGGAGAGAAAUGCCAAAAAAGGAGGACUAGAGAAGGCAAGUGCUCUUGCCAAUGUUGCUAAAAUGCAAAGUAUGGUUAUAUUGAAUGAUACUCUAGAGAAGAUCAGCCACAAAUUUCCAGCUGCAGUCCAGGUGGCUCAUCGGAAGCCAAGACCUGGCCUGGAAAAGACUGUCCCACCGAAGAGGAUCUAUAUUAUUCAACAGCCUCGAAAAUGCUGAGCUGUGAAGUAAAAUACAGAUGUCUCUCUGACAGCAAAGCUCACAGGUAUCUCACCUAAAAGAAAAAAGAACAAAAUUUUCCACAAAUUUAACCAUACAUGUUUGGUAAAGAAAGUGUUUUUUGGGAACUUCCCUUUUGACUUCGGACAACCAAGUAUUUGUGAAUGUAAAUCCAGUGCUUUUCUGUGUUUUUUGGCUUAUGUCAUAAUUUUGUACUCUAAUAAAACCUUUUCCCACUGUUAUCUUGUAA